AUGGGUUUUCUUCCGAGACUCUCGUUGAAGGCCAAAAUCGGCCUAGGGAUCUUGGUUUCCUAUACUUCAUUCGAGCUCCAUAUGCAUUAUCAGACUGUGGCUUUGAUCAAACAGAGACAGGCGCAGAUGCAAGUGCACGAUGAUUUGGAUAUUGCAAAGUACAAGUCUGCCAUGGUUCUGGGCAUGUUUGUCAAUCCUUUCCAAGAGUACAGGCCACAGACGGCGUUUGAGUUUCUCACAGUCCGCAUCGCCGAGCUUUUCGAGAGUUUCUACGCCAACAAGAUCGAAAUCCACGACAAGUAUCCGACUCCAGAAGGUGAUUUUGCAUCCGUGGAUCAUCUUUUGAAAACGUUUCGACCCAACUACGAGCUCAUGCGGAAAAACUCUACAUUGUUGGCCCAAUGCGUGGCAGCCAAUGAUUUUUCCGGGCUCUACAAAAAGUUGAAUUUCACCUCUGCCGUUGGAAACCAAAUGCUUUUCACGUGGUUGGGCCAAUCAUGUUCUUUGGUCCAGAUCAGUGGCAUCAACAUUCUAACAGAUCCAAUGUUUGGUGAUCAUCUUAUAGACCAGAAGUUUGGCCCAAAGCGGUUGGUCAAAUCACCCAUGACGCUAGAAGAGGUCCGAUACGCUACUGGGGGAAAACUUGAUUUUGUCUUUGUUUCCCACAAUCAUCCUGAUCAUUUGGAUUUGCAAGCAGCAAAAGAAAUCGGGAACCUGGCCAUGUGGAUUGUGCCUUUAGGCUUGAAGCUGACUUUAGCCCGAAAAGGAAUCUACAACGUCGUGGAGAUGGACUGGUGGGAAAAACUACUGCUCAAUCCAUUCAUAGCCGAGGGAAAUAAGAACUUCCCUGACAACUACGAGAUCGUUUGUGUUCCGGCUAUGCAUUGGUCAGGAAGGCAUAUCGUGGACUGUAACACUUCGCUCUGGGGUUCGUUUAUUCUCCAGAAAAAUGGCCAGUCCGUUUUGUAUCAUGCCGGUGAUACAGGAUAUGUGAAGGGCCUCUUUGAGGCUAUUGGCAAAAAGUACGGGCCCGUGACCUUGUCCUUGCUCCCGAUUGGGCAGUACUGUCCUUCCUGGCAUCAGAAGCCACGGCACAUUUCACCAGAAGAGAGUCUACAGAUUGCAGCCGCCACUAAUUCCAAGUACGUUUUCGGAGUCCAUUUCGGGACAUUCAAGCUCAGCUCUGAGCCCAUUCUAGAACCGAAAAAUAAACUUCUAGAUUUGGCGAAAGCGCAGGGGAAACUGCAAUUUUACAAAGUUCCCGAGUUCGGUUUGACAUACCUGUACCACCUAGAUGAUGGUCUGCACCAUCCCCACAUCCACACCGCAAAGAAGGAAGACAAAGUUUGA